AUGGAACUCGCCGGUCCCGAACCAGAAGUCCCGACUACCUCCGACGAAGAAGAACACCAGGUCCCCGUGGGACGAUCUGACCCCUAUCUCGCUCACUUCACCCAGCUCGGGCGCCAGAUAUACCUGUACACGCCGGUGGCGCCCUCGAUCCCAGCGGUCGACAUCGACAACAACGAUGACUACCACGAUGCUCCUGCUGCUGAAGGGGCCCAACAGCAACAACAACGAGAAGAAGAAAAUGCACCGCCUGACCCGGACCUGAUCAUCGUGUGUUCGUGGAUGUCGGCCCAGCCGCGCAACAUCGUCAAGUACACGGGCGCGUACCGGACGCGGUACCCGCGGGCGCGCAUCCUCCUGCUGCGCCAGGACGGCGGGGAUUUCUUCUUCCGCACGCAGGCCCAGCAGCUGCGGAACCUGGCGCCGGCGGUCGUGGUGGUCGAGCGACUACUCGCCGCCACGAAGAAGGAGAGGGAGGAGGAGAGGAAGACGAAGACGAUGAAGAAGGACAAUGGUGGUGGUGGCGGUGGCGGUGGUGAUCGAGACGGAGAUGGGGACGGUGAUGAUGGUCAUGAUUUGAGAGUCCUCAUACAUAUCUUCUCCAACGGCGGCGCGUGGACGGCCUGCCAGCUGGCGGACGCCUACUACCAACAGCAGUCCCGACGACAUCAGAACCAGCGUGACCGCUCUGAUUUCGAGUCUGAUUCCAACUCGACCAAAGACCACCACUCCCCGCUCUGGCUCCUCCCCAUCACAGCCCUCGUUCUCGACAGCACGCCCUCCCUCCCGAACAUGGCGGCCUCACACACCGCCAUCUGCGCGUCCCUGCCCAAGACGCCGCCAGGCGUGCGCCUGCUCAGCAGCGCCCUGGUGUGGGGGUACCUGGGGGCGGCGCGCGCGGUGGGCGCGGUGACGGGCCAGGAGCCGCCGACGCUGUCGCUGCGGCGGCGGCUGAACGACCCGCGCGGCGCGUUCACCCACCAGUCCCGGUGUGGUCGGCGUGGGCAUCGCGUCUACAUCUACAGCCAGGCCGAUGCGCUGAUCCCGGCCGCCGACGUGGAGCAGCACGCGCGCGAGGCCGCCGAGGUCCUUGGGCCCGGGGGCAGCGACAAGGUGCGUCUCGAGGAUUUCGUCUCCUCCCGCCAUGUCGGCCAUGUCCUCGCGGAUCCGGAGCGAUAUUGGGGCAUUGUUGACAGGGUGUGGAGGGAGAGUGUGUCGUGA